CAGAGGGUAGAAUGUAAAGCUUUUUUACACAUGGACCAAAUCAUAUCAUGAUCUGUUGUCGUGUAUCCAUAACUCUUGAGUUACUUGUUCUUUGUUGUAAGGGUUUGAGUACCCACUGUACUCCCUUAUAAUAUUAUUUGAUUAUAAAAAAAAAAAAUCAUGAUGCAAAAUAUAAAUAAAAAACCAUUAUGUCAUUUUUUACGUUAGUUUUUAAUGUACAUCUUCAAACAUAUAUUUAGUGCUAUUUGAUUGAAUAUAUGUGAAAAUAUUUACGUAGUCAGUGUAUGAAAAUUUCUCAAUAUUUUAUCUUGAUAAUUUUUUAAAUUUGUAUCACCACUUAUACACUCAACAUAUAUUAAUACAACCGUACAUUUUUUUUCUUCUAAAAGUCAAGUAAUCUCUCUCCCAAACAAGUAGUAUUAUUUGGCAGCGAUGUUUGAGACUUUAAUGAAAUUUGAUAAAGGACACAUCCAUUGAAGGAGUGAAAGUUUCCCAUUUGAUAACUCUGGUGGUUGGAUCACAGGGGUAUCACGCAACCUGGGCACCUGUUCGGUUUUAAUGGCAGAGUUUUGGGGUAUGUUGACUAUUCUCCAGUUGGUUUGGGACAAAGGUUUUAGGUUGGUGAAUUUGGAGUCUGAUUCUAUGUUAGCCGUGUCUUUGGUUGUUAAAGGGUGUCCUCCGACGCACCCUUGCAAUUCCAUUGUUGCUCUCAUUAAUCGCCUUAAGAUGGGGGAUUGGUAGGUUUCAGUAAAUCAUAUCUGUUGAAAUUCGGGGAAUUUAGGUGAAAGAAUAGGAGAAAAUAAUAAGGAACAAUAAAAUAUUAUUGAUGAUGAUGGCAAUAACCCUAAUUACAAUAUUUACAUUACUAUUUACAUUAAUAAAAUAGUAUGACUACCUUGGUAUUUAUAACUAAGUGAAUAAACUUAAAUCUAAACUAAAUCCCUUUAUUAUAGGGCUAAGAAUAAACAAACCAAAUCAUAGAGAUAUUUUCUCAACAAAUAAUAUAAUAUUUUCUAUAUUCUAACAAUAUCUACAGCCAGGCCAACCAAGUUGCCAAUUAGUUGGCAGGUUUUGCUAUCAAACUACCUACGGGUAUUCAUUAUGUUAGCAGUCCACCGCCGGGUUGUGUCAACCUCCUAUGGCAGGACGUAGCUGGUAUUCACUUUAGUCGUAGAGUCCUUAUGUAAUUCGGCCUAACGGCCUCCAGUUGAACAAAAAAAAAAGUUUCCCGUUUUCAAAAAAUAACUAUCACACACGAAACAAAUGGUCAAUGAUGAGAUUGAGUUACCAUACACGGGACAAAUUGUCGCCAUAACAUUUCAAAACUAACUAUCCUUCGCGGGAUUGUUCACUAGUGAGAUUGAAUUAUCAUAAAUGGUUUCAUGUUAAACCAAAGGGAUUCCCUCUGCGUGCAACAGUAGAGACUAAUUCUCUCGAGGUAAUUGAGAUUCAUUUAAGAGGUUGACCUCUAUACGCAUCGGCCGGGGAUUUACAAACAAAUGCACUUAAUGUCAGCCAAGAAAAUAAAACAGCCACUUUGUCAACCAAGAAAUCUUAGCACGGGUGUGUUGCUAGUUGAAAAUAAAACAAAGAAAGAAUCAACCAAGAAAAUACCAGCCACUUUGUUCUAUAUAUAGUAAUCAACAAAACCUCUUGAUAUGAUAAUAUCCUCUGGUGGGACUAUGGCAAACACAAAAAUAUUUGGAUAUUAUGUUAUUGCUCUCCUCUUUCUUUAUACAUCAACCCAGUACGUAGUAACUAGCCUUAAUGUUAGCACACUUUGCAUUAAGGAAGAGAGAGUGGCACUCCUUAAAGUAAAAAAAGAUCUCAAGGAUCCUGCCAAUUGCCUUUCUUCUUGGGUUGGGGAAGAUUGCUGUAAUUGGAAGGGUAUUCAAUGUGACAACCAAACUGGUCAUGUUUUAAAGCUUAAGCUUAGGUACUAUCAUAUCUGCAACAAAAAUACAAUUUCACUGUCUCUGUCUCCCUUCUCGAGUAAUCAUCAUCCCUUGAGUGGUGAGAUAAAUCCUUCGAUUACUGACUUGAAACACUUGAGUCAUUUGGAUCUAAGCUAUAAUGAUUUCAAAAGAAUUCCCAUUCCAAAAUUUAUUGGUUCUCUCCAUAUGUUGAAUUACCUUGACCUAUCAUAUGCAAACUUUUCUGGAAUGGUCCCUAAUCAUCUUGUCAAUUUAUCAAAUUUGCACUAUCUUGAUAUCUCUAGCUCAUAUUCCUCCUCUUAUUCGUCACUUCAGGUUAGCGACUUUAGUUGGCUCUUUGCUUUGUCUUCACUUCGAUAUCUUAGCAUGCAUAAUUUAAAGUUUACCACCUUGCCUCAUGAGUUGUUUCGAGCUAUGAAUAAGAUGUCAUCUUUGAUAGAGUUAGAUUUGUCCUUAUGCAACAUUACUUCUCUCCCUCCAUCUUCACCGUUUUUAAAUAUUACAUCACUUUCUUUGCUUGAUCUCUCUGACAAUCCUUUUAAUUCUUCAAUACCUUCUUGGUUGUUCAACAUGAGCAGUCUCACAAAACUUGAUCUUUCUUAUUCAUCUCUAAGAGGUUUCUUGCCUUCUACGCUUGGACGAUGGAAGAUCUGCAAACUUCAGAUUCUACAUCUAUCACAUAAUCUUAUUACUGAUGAUAUAGCUGAUAUGAUUGAGGCCAUGUCUUGUAGCAACCAAAGUCUUAAGAUUUUGGAUUUGGGAUAUAAUCAACUAACUGGGAAAUUGUCUAAUUCUUUAGGGCAAUUUACAAGUUUGAUUGAUCUUGAUCUGAGAGGAAAUUCAGUAAAGUCUCACUCGGGUGUCUCAGGUCCUAUACCAACAUCUAUAGGAAACUUAUCAAGACUGCUUACUCUAAACUUGGAAGGCAACAUGAUGAAUGGGACAAUUCCUGAAAGUAUUGGUCAACUAACCCGUUUGUAUUCUCUAAACCUACUUGAGAAUUAUUGGGAAGGUACAAUGACAAAUAUUCAUUUCCAAAACCUCACAGACCUAAUCAGUUUCUCCGUGUCAUCUAAAAAUAACAGACUUUCUUUGAAAGUGACAGACGAUUGGGUUCCACCUUUUAAGGAUUUGACUUAUGUCGAAAUUCGCAGUUGUCAAGUAGGCUCGACAUUUCCUGAUUGGCUGAAAACCCAAAUCGACUUGAAUGAGAUAAUUCUAGAAAAUGCUGGAAUUUUUGGGGAGAUACCUCAUUGGCUUUACAAUAUAUCCUCUCAAAUAGAGAAUCUAGAUCUUUCUCACAACAAAAUAAGUGGUUACCUUCCCAAAAAAAUGAAUUUCACUUCCUCAAAUAAUCCUAUUGUUGAUUUUUCUCAUAACCACUUAAAGGGCUCUGUCCAAAUUUGGUCGGGGUUGAGUGCUCUCUUCCUAAGGAACAAUUCACUGUCCGGCAAAUUACCUGCCAAUAUUGGCGAAGAGAUGUCACAUUUGCAGAUGUUGGAUAUCUCACAUAACUUCCUGAAUAAGAGCAUUCCGCUAUCGUUAAACAAGAUUCAAAAUUUGUCUUUUCUUGAUCUAUCCAACAAUUAUUUGACAGGGGAAAUCCCCGAGUUUUCGAUGGGUAUGAAGAGAUUAUCCAUCAUUGAUCUAUCCAACAAUAGGUUGGCAGGUGGAAUCCCAACUUCAAUAUGCUCACUACCUUUUCUUUCCAUCCUAGAACUGAGCAACAACAAUCUCUCUGCAGAUUUGUCAUUUGUCUUCCAGAAAUGUUUUAGGUUGAAAAUUCUUUCGCUAAAAUACAACAAGCUUUUUGGGUCUAUACCAAAAGGGAUAAAUAAACAUAUUCCUUCCCUUUCGGAGUUAUUGAUACGCGGCAACACAUUAACAGGUAGCAUUCCUAAAGAGUUAUGUCAUCUACUGUCUCUCCAUUUAAUGGAUCUUGCAGAAAACAAUUUAUCAGGAUCGAUACCAACAUGUUUGGGUGAUGUACAUGGUUUUAAACUGCCACAAAUGUACUUUAGUAAUUCGUCUAUUUAUCAAAUAUGGGGCUAUGAAUCGUACACAAGGCACACAGAAUUGGUCCUAAAAGGAAGAAUAAUUGAAUACUUAAACCAAUCACCUGUGCAAUCCAUCAUUGAUCUUUCUAAGAAUAAUCUUUCUGGAGAGAUACCAGAGAAGAUAACACAAUUGAUUCACCUGGGUGCCCUGAAUUUGUCUUGGAACCACCUAACUGGGGACAUACCCAACAACAUUGGAUCAUUAAAAGAUUUGGAAAGUCUUGACCUUUCACACAACCAUCUUUCAGGUCCAAUCCCCACAAGCAUGGCUUCCAUGACAUUCCUGAGUCAUUUGAAUUUGUCACACAACAAUCUUUCUGGACAAAUUCCGCGGGGUAAUCAGUUUGGCACCUUUAAUGAGCCAUCGAUCUAUGAAGGCAACCCAGGGCUUUGUGGGGAACCUUUGCCAACUAAUUGCUCAUCAUUGUUACAUAGAAAGAGAGAACAUGAAGAUGAUGGUGAUGGAGAUGAUGAAAAGAUUGAAAGAUUGAAGUUAUAUGCAAGCAUAGCUGCCGGGUAUAUCACUGGCUUUUGGAUUGUGUGUGGCAGCUUGAUGUUAAAGAGAUCUUGGAGACAUGCAUAUUUCAAUUUUGUAUUUGACAUGAGAGAUAAACUUCUGGUCUUCGUGGUAGUUAAUUUGGGGCGUGUAAACCGCAGGUUUGGAUCGGAAAGGAACUGAGGCCUUAGUAUAAUAACUUUUGUAUCUUAUAUUUGCACUUUGGGUUUAUAUUUACUUCUGUGCAUUGUUUAAAUUUGUGUGUGGUAUAUGUCUAUAUGAGGUGAAUAGGGUGAAGUCCACAGUGAUAUACUGUAUAAAUUACAACUAUUUGAAGAAUUAAUGUGGUGAUCUUGCUUUAAUAUAAAACAAAAAUAUUAGAAUUUAGAAGACUAAUUGAAUUCAAAUUGGUUAGGAUUACCUGAAGCAAACACAGGCUACUAUAUCAGCACUAUCAUGCUUAAACUUUUAUAUCCUUAAUUUGAAGUAUUCUGAAUUAAGGCUACUAUUUAUCUAGAAGGGACAGUUCUUGAAAAAUAUAAUUGGUAUUGAUAAUAAAUCAGCGUAUACUUAAAAUAUUGGUAAGAUACCUGCACAAUCCUAGAGCAAAAAAUCAGUUCAUACAUUGUCAAGAGGGAAAAUAGGCACAGGAAAUGAUAAAAAGGUACCUCCGUGAUUCAUCACUUGAGUGUUCAUUCAAAUCACAUUCCAGAUUUUUGAAGCCCUGAAAAUCAAGACUUAACAAUUGUAAAUAUCACAAAAACAUGUAUGCUAAAAGUCGUAACUUAUGUAAUUUGGUAGUUGAAACUAUCGAAAGAGCAAAUUAUAAUUAAUUUGAUGUUAUAAAGCUCAUAUCAUGAAAACAAUUCUAGAGUCGUGCCCUCAUCAUAUUUGAAAUUUGAAGACAAACGCUUUUAUAUAUGUGUUUACAUCUAAUUUGAAGUAAAAUUUGAAGAUAAACACUUGUAUCUAUGUUGAUGACAUAAAGGGCAUCUUAUAGGUGUUGAGUAUUUGUGAAACUCUUUCUCCUGAGAAACAGAAGCUUUGGCAUUCUCAUGCUCAUGAAGUUUUUUUAUGCUUCAACUAAUUAAUACUACAAGUUUUGUUUAUGAUGAAUUGCAUCUAUGUAACACUGAUGCUUCAUAUUAAAGGCUCGUCAGGGUCUAACAACACCAACAUGUGUGGUUACUUUCUCAAAUUAUUAUGAGUGUUGUGUCAGGUGUCAAGUAUCAGUGGUGUCCAAUGUCCAAUUUAUACUUCAUAGAGUUGAGGUCUGUGGCUGAAUCCUAGAACUAGAAUUCCAGAGAUGAUUGGAAUGCCAGAGCUUGAAAGUCUUACCAAAACUUAUUUGAAUAAAGCAUAAUGAUACAGUAUAUGCUAAUAGAUUCAGGGAAUAAGCUAAUAAAUGUGCCUUGUAUAUAUGUCAAUGGUUUAUAUUGACUUUUUAUAAUAUGAGAAUGUUU